GAGCGUUCUGCCUUCAGCGUUCGUUCUUAUAGCCAUAAAAAAUAAUAACAAAAGGAUCGAGUCGACCGAUGCAUAUUUUCUUCCAGCGUUCUUGAUAAUGUGAAUUGUCGAGUGCGUGCCGACAUAAUUGUACCUUUUUUAUACUCCAAGACACCCGAUCCAGUUUCGAAAUGACAGAAGGUGGUGCUGGUGGUGCUGUUAAACCCAAGCGGAAUGGUGCUCGGGUUUUUAAAAAUCCUCCACAGCCUCACAUGUGUAUUCAAGAUUACAUGCAGGGUUCUGAUCUUCCGUGCUACGUAAAUGUCCUAUCAUGGGAUAAAGUCGCGAUGCCAUGCAGCCUCGCCCAAACGAUACCACUUUACGGUGGAAUGAGAGUAUCGCCACCGCGAGGAGAGAAACCGGAAGUUGGCGUCUUUGCCGUAAUAGCAAAUCCAGAAUUGCUAAAAAAAUAUGGAAAGAAUUCUCAGGACAAAAAGGAGCGUACAACGCUGAUAGAUCUUCUCUUAAACUUUAUCGAAGCGAAAAACGAGGGCGUCUACUUUUCCCGAAAAUACACAGUUCUCAAAGAUCGGGAUAUCACAGGAGAAUUGAAAGAAGUAUGGAUGGCCGUUCAGGCAAAGAGAGAAAGAGAAAAUCUUGCACCUCAACAGGAAACGUGGAUCGAUGCUCAACCGGCGCCUGCGCCUAAUUAUCCUCAGUAUUCAGAUCAACAACAGCACCAACUUCAACAGCAACAGCAACAAGUAGAUUACGCACAACCUCCCCAGUAUCGAUCAAACGCCGCUUAUUCUAUGGGGUCAGUAUCGACGAAUGAAGUCGUGAACCACGAACGUGAAAUUCGGUUCAACUACUCAGAACAAAACCCUACCGUUACUCAGAGCGAACAAGCUUAUCAAUCGAGAUCCGCGAUAGCACACUCAUAUAACAGUAACGGAAAUAUGAUUUCUGCUGAUAGCCGCGAACUAGUUUACCGCGAUCGGCCUUACCGCGAACGAGAUUGGCGCGAGCGAGGCCGACCAAACGUUCCGCAAAAUCAGACUCAGCAAAAUUGCCCAGCGUAUCCAGCGCCUCAGUACCAGUUUCAACAGCUUCCUCGACAAAUGGUCCCGCAGUAUGUCAAUUCGAAUGUCAAUCCCAACUACAUCAGCCGAGAUUACAGAAAUUCUCCAGUUCUUUGUCGUCAAGAAGGUGAUGAAAACAUGACCAAACUGAAUCUGAAUUAUUACUCUGAUUCCCAAAAACCGAUGACGGCGGCGGAAAGGAGGCAGGUGGAUAAUGCAAUGAAAGCUGAAGCUAUUCGGAUUCAACAGCACCAAAUGCAGCAGAUCCAACAACAACAGAUUCAGCAUCAGCAGCCGAUUAAUCAGCAAGGCAAUCAUCAGCAGUAUCAGUCCCAUCAGGCACAUCAGCGUCAGCAACAACAACUUCAACAUGAAGCUGAAGAAAACUCAUUCAAGGGUUUGCAGCGAUCAAGGCACCGACCGCACAUGGGUGUCGCGCAAAAGAGCAAUUCUAACAAAAGACAAAUCGAGGCGCCUGCACAUUCUGAUCAAGCUUCUUGUUGGAUUUGGCAGCCUAAGGAACUGGCUGAAUCUAUUAUGAAACCGAAGAGUCCGGUUAAAGUUUUGCAGAGGGAUAGUGGAUCCCAGGAGAAGCAAGGUGCAACACUUUCAGGGGAGAGCAGCGAGAGUACUCCGGAGAAAAGUGAAACGAGAGAGAACAUUGGCGUAUCUAGGAUUCCACAAAGUAUUCAUUGGGAUGAAAAAGUGAGUGGACGAAGAAAUGGCCGUCGAAUAAACGCAGAGUUUAGAAAGAGACAAAUCGUGUGGUAUGAGAAUGGUAUGAAAGAGGAGCAGCAGAAUUCGGAACCGGAGAGACUGUCAAAGCAUGAGAAGAAUGCCGAGGAUGAGCUAAUUCAAACGAUGACCGAGAUUGAAACGCAAUUGCACCUGACUGUUUCCAAAUUGGGUCGAAAUGAUUUCACAAAUAAAGCGAAGACGGAGAGUCCGAAGCGAACUCAAAGUACCGUGAACAGCAUUAUCAAAAAUGUUUUCAAGCAGUCGAGCAGCAGUCAAGGGAAAAGCAAUGCCCGAGCAAACUCGAACGAGCAGGACGAGACUUAUCAUCAAGCCUACACGAUAUUAAAAAAGCCCGAGGUGUCGACAACGAGCGGUGAAUCAACUGUUCCCGUGUCUAGAGGGCCGGAGGAAGAAAUCAGCGAGAAACUCGCUCAGAUAUCCAUUGAAGACUGUAAGGACGCGACUGAAGUCAAUGCCGUGCUUUCGUGAUAGCUUAGUUAUUAUUUAAAAAAACAAUGAUACAUAAAAAGGUAAGAAAUAAGUUAGUGUACAUACUAGAUAGCCUUCAGAAUAAUCCGGUAACGAAUAUUAGCCGAUAAAAGGAUUCCAAAACCCGCAUAUUGAGCAAACGCCUUGAAAUUGUUGAAUCAACCCUGCCUUGUUCAUUCUCAUCAUCGCUACGUAGUAGAACAGUUUCUAAUUGAGUAUUCUAACAUUACGUUUGACUAAAAUUAUUAUUAUUAUUAUUAUUUUUAGUUGAAAGUAAGUAAAAAGUCGUGUUAUAUUAUCACUUUGCUUUUCAGAUAGAAAAGUCAUUUCUUUAAUUAUUUUUGGCAAUUUGGAAAUUGUGCGAUUUCGGCAAUCCAUCAAGAAAAAAUAUAAUGUGCCGGGACUUUUGACCAUGACCGAGAGCGGUGCUGGCUGUACUUUUAGGCAAAAAAUUAUUCAAAUGCACGGGGAAAGUGUUGUAAAUGAGAAAUGUUGUGCUUUUUUAAUUAUAAAAACAGACUUUCAAUUUUUUUUUUGUUUUAUGAUUAAGUUUAUAGGCUUUUAGACUAAAAACUGAUCAAACUUGUUUUGUUCUGAACGGGAAUAAUGGGGUAUGAGUGUGUUGUUUUUGGAUGCAAUUCUGAUUACAUGAAUUGUUCCGAGAAAGUUCAAGUUUAUAGACCGUACUAAAUGACAGAAAAGUAAUCAAAAUCUGGUAAAGAGCUACUUUGAGACCUAAUUUUGAAUUAAAGGAUGGCUCUGUUAUUAAAUGGUACAUAUUUUUAUAUGAAUUAUUUUUUAACGUUUUCUAUUAAUAUUCAUAAAACAAUGCAUUGCAGUUGUUAUACAAAACUUUUAAACGGUUUAAAUUCAUUCCAAUUGUUUUUUAAAGAUCGCAAUAUUUUUUUUUGUUCCCUUUGGAAAUAAUUGACACAAGUGUUGCACUAGAAGAAAAAUUUGAAUUUCAGUGAGAUAUAUAGAGUAAAAAUGUUAUCUAAAGUAAGCAAAUUAAACUUUUUUUUUAGCGCAAAUUAUUAGUAACCUAAAUUUUCAGUUGAUAUU